AGCGUCCCUCGGAUAGGGCGGGAUAUCCGUUGGAGCGUGCGUGGGAUGACCCUUGGGCGUCCUUCUGAGGCUUCAAUUCAAGAUGGGGAGGCAGGAUGAGGCCGCGCUGGAGGGACUGAACGGAGACCCGGAGGAGGAGGAGGAGGAAGAAGAGCUUGUGGAUCCCUUAACUGCUAUCAGGGAACACUGUGAACAGACAGAAAAAUGUGUGAAAGCCAGGGAACGUCUGGAAGAGUGUGAUGCUCGAGUGUCCUCUAGGUCCCGUACAGAAGAAAAGUGUACGGAGGAGCUCUUUGACUUCUUACAUGCCAGAGAUCAUUGUGUGGCUCAUAAGCUCUUCCCAAAACUGAAGUAACAAUUCACAAGUCUGUCUGCUUCUGCUUCAUACCUGAAUCCCUGAGCAAUGUUCCGUUUGAAUAGAUGUGCUGCUCUAUAUCUGUGUCUAGAGAAAAAUGGAACUUGGUCUCUGGCAGUCUCUGGCCAUCAGGAUACCAUCUGCACUCUGUGGGAGAUUAACAGCUGUUAAAAAAACUUCUGUAGAUUUCCAUAUUAAACAUAUUUCCUGUGAAAUGUGAAA